GGGCUAAAGUAGCUUGAUGUCGUCUGGUCAGCAUUCGGGCGAGUUAAGCUACCGCGCGCCGUCUCGAAACUGGACAAUAUUGAUGACCGUCGCUGCUCUAGACCGACUCCGAUGCGAGGGAUUCUCGGAUAAGUUAGAUUUCCUGUUAAUAAGCGACGUGCAUCGCCACCAACUCAAAUCGGCCAAGGAUGACAGCUUCAUAAGUGCGCGUCAGCGCUUGAUUCACCAAGCGUCUAGCAGUGGCUACGUUGCAACUUGGCCACCACCCCCAAUGCCCGUGACGCCUUGCACGUGGACGCACUCGGAUGAAGCGACGGGCGGAUGUAUCCAGUUCCGUGGCUGGGAAACUAGGACGUUGGUGUUGCUGAUUCUACCCUUCGCUGAGUACGCCUCGUUUGAUGAGGAAUAUUUGUCGUCUCAGCAAUCAGGCGGAUGCUUCCAUAUGCAGAUUUUGCGCAUAACCUUUUAUGUGUCUCCAGAUACUGUGUUUUUCAUCAAUUUUGCGUUGGAGGCCAAAAACCGCGAUUGA